UCAUAUUUAGGUCUGUUUCCCUGCUGCGGUUGCAGCUAUAGUAGGAAUGAAGGGGGACCUUUACAUUGCUGUGUAGUUUUGCUUUGCUUUGGAGCACAUUGGGCAACAUUUCUUGCAAAGUAAUUUGAUUGGUAGGCAAGGUAAAGGAAUUCAGAACAGGAGUGGCUGAGAAACUUUAGUAAACUAGCAGUGAGAGAUACAAGGAGAAAAAAGGAAAGAUAAGGACAGUCAUAUUGACGUACGCUUUGAAGACAGGUGCUUGUGGGAGUUGCCGUGUUCUUGGAUCAGAUACCCCAGGAUAUCUCAAUUAAGGAGUUGAAGGAGCAAAUAGUCCUGAGCCCCCGAAACAUCAUCUUUCCCCUUCCCGUGGGAAUUAUGGCGAGCUACCUGUACUACCUGCUCCCGGCAGUAGGGGGCUACGCUCUCACGUCACUGUACUUUCUGAAGAACCCUCAUAUUCUGCACAGGAGGAAGCAGACAGCCUUCUACUGCACCCACAUCUCUCAUAGGGGAGGCUGUGGUGAAAGGAUUGAGAACACUAUGGAGGCCUUUACACAUGCUGUUGAAGUGGGCACAGAGAUGCUGGAGUUGGACUGUCACUUGACUAAAGAUGGUCAUGUGAUUGUGUCACAUGAUGAGAACCUCCUGAGGCAGACUGGGCAAGAUGUCACUGUCUCCUCCUUAAACUUGGAGGAGUUGCCACCUUAUAAAGAGACAGUCGAGGUCACCUUCAAGACAGGCCACUUCAGCACUGGAUCUGAUAGAAACGUUGCAUUAUUAGAGGAUGUUUUCUGCAAGUUUCCUCAUACAGCUGUGAACAUUGAAGUGAAAGAAAAUAACACCAUGCUGAUUGAGAAGAUUUCUGAUCUUGUGAAAAAAUACAACAGAGAAGGCAUCUCAGUUUGGGCCUCUGUUGACUCCUCCAUCAUGAGAAAUUGUCGCAAAACAAACUCCUCUAUGCCCUAUAUGUUCACUGUAAAUCGAGGUCUACUGCUGCUCCUGCUGUACUACAUUGGUCUUCUGCCAUUUGUUCCCCUCGGAGAAAGUUUCCUGCAGUUCUACUUGCCACAAAUCUUCAACAGACAAUACAUACCUGAUAUGUGGAUUUUGAGAAGCAGUCUGGUCAUCUUUUUAAUUGAAAGACUGACAUUGAGAAAAGGGAUGUUCAAGCACCUCAGAGACCGAGGAAUUCAGAUUCAUCUCUUUGUUUGCAAUGUGGAACAGGAUAUUGAGGCUGCAUUUGCCGCAGGAGCAACUGGAGUCAUGUCUGAUUAUCCCACCCUGUUAUCAAACUAUAUUAGAAGGUGCAAACAAGCCACAUGAUCAAAUGCACAGAGUGUACCUUUGUCUAGUCAAACACUGUAAAAAUACAGUUUGCAAGCCAAGUUUAUUUUAAUGCCACUAUUACAUAAUCAACACUUGCCAUAAAGUACAGUGUACUGAAUACUUGGUUUAUGGAAUCUUUUUGGGACAAUUUGUAUGACUGAACACAAAAUAAAUGGAACUCAUAUAUUCUACAGUUGAACUGUUUAA